AUGCCAGUACUCAACAUCGUGGCCCCGCGCCGGCCCGCGCCGCGCCGUAUCCCCCUCGUCAUCCACGCCGCCAUCGUCGCCCUACUCAGCCUCGCAAUGUACUCCAACUACGUCAAGCUACUUAUCGCGCUCGGCAUCCCGCCGAAAAACGACACAUUGGCUCGCCCGCUCCAUCUUCCACCCGCGACUGACAUCCUCGCUGACCUGCCAAAAUGUGAGAAUGUACCGCAAGACACGGUGCAGGUCGUGGCAUCCGCUGCGACAGACCCGGAGUGGUCGCGUGUAUCUGGGCAGACACGGCGCCACAAACAUUGUCCAGGCCCGGAGCACCUUGAUGCCGUUGCAGCAGGGGAGGUUGCGCUUCUGCCUGGCAGUGUCUCCGCCGCUGAGGCCCGCACGCACGCCAAAAAGAUUACAGAUGUGCUGAAGAGAUGCCAAGAUGACGUCGCGAGCGCUUUAUACCCACAGUGGAAGAACAUUGUGUUCUCCUCACCGAUGCCGGCAAGCCAUCCUGCUGUCAAGAAAACACUACACGGAUGCUACGUUAGUUUCUUCGCUCAGCUCAAAGUCGCUAACAAUGUGCCCCGGACGAUGACUACUGCAUUCGAGGAUAUAUUGGCGCUCCAAGCUGACGCGCUGGUGUUGGUUGUGUGGCGGUCUUGGGCUGGUUCGGGCGCUGAUGCACGAAUCCCGGGAGGCGGUCAAUGGCAAUGGUGGACGUGGAUAUGGCGAGGAAGUGGCGCGGUGAAUGGAUGA